AUGCGCUCCAAAUCGGUGGCUCGACGAUUUGCUCAAGGCAUCAGUGGCGACGACUCAGUGGCCGCAUCCCGUGGACUGCCAGCAAAACUCGAAGUGCCUCCCGGACUGCAGGUGAUACCGAUGAGCAAGCAUCACGAGCACGGUCCGCCAGAGCUUAGCCUCCCGUCGGCGCUGCACCACCACCACCUGCUACCCACGGAGGAUGAUGUUCGCGAACGGCUAAAGCUACAGAGCGCGGAACAGUUCCUGCUGCAGAUGGCUCGACUCCAGCGCCCACCGCCGGACCUGGACGUGCAGACGGGGUCCGUGGUGGCGCUCAAGACCAUCCCGAAAGGGACCCAGUACGGUCCGUUCGUUGGGAAGCUGGUGCGGGACCCGAUCGAUCGGCGGUACGCCUGGGAGGUGAUUGAUCUGGACGUCCGCGGUUGGCUCGAUGCGACACUGGAGCCGACGAAUUGGAUGAAAAACAUUCGCUGCACCUCGAGCGCGGCCGAAGUGAAUGUGAAUCAUUUCCUCAAAGAUGGUCAUCUGUGGUACGAAGUGAUAUGUGAUAUCAGCCCCGGAAGGGAGCUGCUGUUGCGCCCGAAGGUUCCUCUGCAUCCGCGCGACGGUCAAGAUGAGCGCAGCGAACGUGGCGGUGACGGCUCACAGCAUAGUGAGGGGUACGAGGACGAGUACAACACUUCGGCCGAUCUUGACGGUGGCCGGCACCAGCAUCACCACAGUGGCCACGGUAACGAGCAGCAGCACCACAGUAACAGCAGCAGCAAUAGUAGCAGCAACAGUAGCAACACUAGCAACAGCAGCAAGGACCACCACCAGCACCACCACCCGGAGGAGGACGGUGACGGGGUGCCGGACGACGAGGACGACGAGGACGUCGAGGGCAACAACACCCGGUGUGUCGUCUGCGAUCGCCAGUGUCACGAUAUCGAUCAGCUCGACAACCAUCUGGUGAUCUCGCACCACUACACGAAGGACGCGUACCGGUGCGAUCUGUGCCCGCGGGCCUACAGCUACCGGCCAUCGUUGCUGCGCCACCGGGCGAUCGUUCACGGCGAGCUGCGGCGCUUUCACUGCGAAAACUGUCCCAAGCACGAGGAAAGCGAUCCGCGCACAGCCACACCCAACUCCACACCGAGCGAACUAUUCAGUUACCUUCUGCAAGCUCACGAUCACGGGGUAUUCACCGAUCCGUCGAACCUUCAGCGCCACAUCCGGACGCACCACGUCGGCGCUAGGAGCCACGCGUGCCCGGAGUGCGGCAAAACGUUCGCCACCUCGUCCGGACUCAAGCAGCACACACAUAUCCACUCGUCGGUGAAGCCGUUCCAGUGCGAGGUCUGCUUCAAGUCGUACACGCAGUUCUCGAACCUGUGCCGCCACAAGCGCAUGCAUGCCGACUGCCGGAUGCAGAUAAAGUGCGACAAGUGCGGUGACAGCUUCAGCACGGUGACGUCACUGUCGAAGCACAAGCGCUUCUGCGACUCGACGGCCGUCACGCGGGCCGCCAUCCACCACCAGCAGCAGCAGCAUCACCACCAUCAGCAGCAGCACUCGCCGCUCCACCACCACCACCACCCGCACCAGCACCCGCACCACCACCAGAGUCCGCAUCAUCACCCGCAGCACCACCACCGACUUCCGGGGGCACCUGGCCAACAGCAGCAGCAGCAACCUCCGGCACCUUCCGGAGCCACGGCUCUGCCGACGUUACCGCCCAGCAUGGCGACGCCACCGAACCCGUUCCUGAUGUUCCCCGGCUCACCCUUCUUCGCGCCCGGCUUUCGGCCUCACCCGGGCAUCCCGGGCAUGCCGUUCCCGCCCAAUCCGGGCCAGGCCGUUCCGCCGUUCCCGCUGUCAUUCUUCUCGAAGCUACCGCCACUCGCCUCGAUGAUGACGCUCGAGGCGGACCGCAAAACCCCGUCGCCGCCGCCCCACCGCCACCUGGCAGGGCUGGCGGGUGACGGGGCGUACGGAGGCCAGCAGUCGAUGAAGAUCUCGCCGCCGAUGGGAGAGGAAGCCUCGAGCCACCUGCGUCCAUCGCCGGCCAGGCCGAUUCCGGUCAACUUCAACUCACACUCCUCGGCGGCGGCCGUGGCGCUCCUCUCAGGUGGUGGUGGCUCCCCUCCGGGAUCGGGGCUGUCCCUGACUCCGAGGGACCACUCCGUCGCUACCACCAACAACAACAAUCACCUCAAGGAGAACAACAACCAGGUCAGCGGGCAGCAACCCAGCAGCAGAGGAAGUUCCGUCGGGCGAUCUGAGGAUACUGAGGGGCAGGCGGCGCAGGUAGGGAAGCACUUCCUGCAGGAGGAGGAUCUCGGGGAGCCGAAGCCUUCGGUGAAGUCUCCUGCGCUGUCACUGAUCGACGAGAAGCCCGCCACUCGGCGAAGAAGUCGAGGAGUUGACGACGGGCUGGAUGAGGCGUCGGAUGGGUCCUUGAAUGAACGGAAGAAGGUAGUUGAUGAGGAAGAAGGCACCGGAGGAGAGCAACCGCUCGAUCUGAGUCUGUCGAAGAAGAGCUCCCCGCCGCUUCCGGUGGACGAGGAGGAAGAGGAAGUGGAUGAGGAAGGGGACCGGAUCGUGAACCGCAGUCCGACACCGAUCGAGGUGACAAGCCCCACGAGCCUGACCCCGACCCCGUCCGUUCCGACACCCGGCUCUUCAUCGGAGGAGUUGCUCGGGGCUCGGGGAACUAGAAACGAGGGCGGCCACAGAGGGAAAGCCAGUGCCGCUUCGCCCCGGGCGGAUGCGUUCGCAUUGCCCAGCCCUUCUCCGUCACUGUCGCCACGUCCUUCACCGUCGCCCUCGUCACCGCAGCAUUCGCAUGGCCAGCAUCUGCCACACCAGCAUCAACAUCAGCAUCACCAACAGCAUCAUCACCAGCAACCGAUCUCGUACCCACGGCCCAUCUAUCCGCUACUGCUGGAGGCGAUGUACCGACCGGGCGGGGGCUUGGGAGCCCCGUUCCAGCGGCCGUUUAAUCUGCUCGAUUCGCUCGAGUCCAACAUCGACCUGCUGAAGCGGAGUCGCCAGUAUCUGCCGGCGUCGAAGGCGUUCCAUCAGGCGAUGGCCAUGGCAGGUCCUGGCCAUGGAGGUCCCGGCUUACCACCGGCCGGAUUCGGCGGAGUGCCGGGUGGAGUGCCGGGACCGGGGCCCGGUCCUGCCACCGGGCUCGUCGGCAAGGUCAAGGACCGGUACUCGUGCAAGUACUGCGGGAAGAUCUUCCCGCGGUCGGCGAACCUGACGCGCCAUCUGAGGACCCACACGGGCGAGCAGCCGUACAAGUGUCGGUACUGUGAGCGCUCGUUCAGCAUCUCGUCCAAUCUGCAGCGCCACGUCCGGAACAUCCACAACAAGGAGCGCCCGUUCAAGUGUCACCUGUGUGAACGGUGCUUUGGUCAGCAGACGAACCUGGACCGGCACCUGAAGAAGCAUGACGCGGAUGCGACCGGUCUGGGGGUCGGGUUGGGUGACUCGCCAUCGUCGAACGAGGCCGAGCGGGGUGACGAUGUAUUCUUCGACGAGAUCCGCUCGUUUAUGGGCAAGGUGACAUACUCGGGCCCAACGGCACUGCUGGCGGUGGCGGCGGCGGCCGGCGCGAACGGAUUGACCGGUACGGCAGGCGCCGUUAGUGCCGGACGAGGUAUCGGUGCGGUGGAGGAGGAUGCCGAUGAGGGCCGGCGGCAUGACUCGUACUCGACGCCGAUUGACGUGACGCGCCUAGAUUCGGGUGAGCUGGAUGAGGACGAGGAGGACGACGACGAUGCGGCCAGCUGUGACCGGGAGAGCGACCUCAUCAACAUCGAGUCGGACAAGGAAACGACCACCAACCACCAGGAUGCGAUCGAAGUGUCCACCUAA